CGCGCGCGUGCGAGAGAGAGAGAGAGAGAGAGGAGAAGGACUCAAUACCCCAAGGCUCCAUGCAACCAGAUUUUCGAGAAUGCAGCGCCCCUGAAGCCUAAAUCCAAUUAACCGAGUCAGUCGUUGACCGUUCCCAACAGUCCAAGCUCUAGUUAGCUACGUCUUCAUGAUUCCACCUUGACUCAUCAAGCUUAGCUAGUCAAUCAAUUGUCGUCAUCACCAUCACUCUCUGUAUUCACUUUGACGACACGUUGGCGAAGGAUGGCGCUUCUGAAGCUUUAAGCUAUUCUUUUCACGUCCCUUGCGAGAGUCAUACCCGGCGAGGCUGGUCUGCCAUUCUGCAGCCUGUAAACCAAGCUGAGCUCAGCCGUUAAGUCGCCCAACGCAUCUGUCCUCUCAUCCCUUCCUAGGAAGAAUCAACAAAUACGCUAUCGGCUAUUCCAAGCACAUACAAUUGGAUUGUAACACCAGAGGCUAUCUAGGCAGCUCGCUACUUGCAUUUCCUCUGCUUAGAUGAGCUAUUUUCGACCGAGGGUUCAUCCUUGUACGGCAAAUCUGCUGCAUAGUACUACAUUGUUUGGCGAUUGGAAGCCACCCAGGCAGCCCAGGUAGCUUGGGCAGAGCCUCACACAUUGAACCACCAUUCCACAACACACCUCCACCCAUUUGUUCCAUCUCGCAUUCCACCAAACCCAUAUCUCCAGCCAUGCCGAGAGUGCGGCUUCCCAAAUUGAAGCUUGGCUUCCUCAAGAAGCUGCUGCGUAAUCGCCCUGAACCCGCAGUAGGAGUCGAGCCUGUUACCAACGAGCCUGGUUCUUCCACAGACGACCCUGCUACUGCUACGGACAAGCCUGCGACUGAAGAGCCUGCUACAGACGGACCUGCCGAGCAACAUGACGAGAAAGCAGGCGUACAGGAAGUUCUCGAAGAAUGUCCCAUAUGUCACGAUCCUGUUGGUGCGACAAAUCCCGAAGGCAUCCUAGAGUCGUGGACACAUCUGCACUGUGGCCAUAAAUUCGGCACGCAUUGCAUUCAGUCUUGGCUUCAAGAAUCCGCCGACCGCAAUCCUCACAGUAUACCAUCGUGCCCUAUUUGUCGCAGCAUUGCGAAGCACCCCUGCGGGCACCCAAUUGUUCUUACGCCAAGGUACUUGUUUUUCCUAGGCGUGCCUCUGCAACCGCUUCCUCCCUCCAAUCGUCGGCGGCGACGCCGUCUUUCUCGACGGCCCGGCCAUCCUCAUAGACCGCCGCCAUCAUUCCCUGAUCAAAACAAGGUGCAAAUCGUGGGCAAAUGCAGUACUUGCGCAGCCGUCGCAGCGGCAGAGGAGUCGAGAAAGUUGGCUGCGCGCGGUGAUGAGACACCAAAUAGCAGACAAGGUCAAGAUGGCGAUAGGAGAUCAGGGAUCAAGUCUAUGAUCCUACAGACUAGCUUUAGGCGACCGAGCAUUUCGAACCCAGAGUCCCCACGCAGCGAAAGUCGCAGUGUCUUUAUCGACCCAACUACCGGUCGGACGAGUCCAACAGCUUACCGUGAUUACUUGAACCUAUGCCGCAUCGAAGUGGCCAUGGCAAGGAGACCUACACCUGCUCCAGCGAUAGACCGGAUCUCGACUUUCUGAAGGUCCUUCACACGUUAUUUUUCUGCGAGCCAUGGUUUCUCAACAUGGCCGCUGGGUCAUCUGGAUAUGCCUCGGUUAUAUUGGGCGACAGUGGGCACGGUGGAACGCUUGAUACAUUAUUGCAGGAUAUGGAUGUUCGGAGUUCUAGGAACAGGGGAUAGGCAACAGAUACAGCAGGAAGUGUCUAUGGAACGCUAUCUAGACUGGUUUGCUGAGGAACUAGAACAUAACUUGGGCUCGAUGCCACGACAGGAGCCUCGGGAACCUGAUUACGACUCUCUUCUAUAUCUUCCUUUUCUAUGUCUUCUCUUUGAUCUGGGUAGUACACGACCCAGUUAUACUCAACAAUUUAAACCGCACUUGGUCUGACGUUGCCUUUUCACUACCUACAGUACUGAUGAGAUGGCGGGGUUGUGACGAUAGGCGGGGUAGAGACGGUGUGGCUAGUUGGGCACUAGGCAGGGGUAGUAGGCCACCUGGGCUGCUUUCAGGGCUCUGUCAGGGAAUAUAGACAGCUAGGUAGCUGCUCAGGCGGUAUCGAUCAGGCAUGGGGGAAUCACAAGCUUUGGCUUAAGCAGUCCCUAAUGCAACCCCCAUACUAUUUUUAGAGCCAAUUCCAUUGGUAGCUCGAGUAACGUAACUCUCCCGCAAG